GAAACUCAGAAUGGGAACGUGUUAAUUUGUACCUUAGAAUCAAGUCAAACAGGAAAGUCAAAGCAUUCUUGAAGCAUCCUCUUCAUAAUAUAUUGUUUAAUUGAAACUCACUCCUCUUGUAAGUAACAUAACUGGUGACGAUGAUAAAAUGGAUGAUUUAAACUUCGAUAUUGAAAAAUAAAUCUCUUUUAAAUAAGUAUAAGAAAUAUAUUAUUAUAGGAGAAAGUAUAAGUUGAUAUUCAGUCCAGUCAACUCCAAUUUUCCUCAAAAUUAUAAUUAACAAAUGAUCCAUCUUCUUAAUCAUUGGAUCAAUCUUAAUAGAUUUAAAAGUCCCCGAGAAAAAAUAAAAAUCUAAAUGCCAAAUUUAAAGAGAUGAUUCUUUGAAGUUACAGCAAGA